CUUUCCCCAAUAAUAUCCCACCAUGGAUAAGACGUCUUCAAACAAGAAACCCCCUCUCUUUAUGCCCGAGGUUGAGCCCUAUCGUCUGAAGUACAAAGACACGGAUCGCGCUCGAGCUUUUCGAAGACAACCACUCAAGAAUAUCCCAGGGUAUCUCACCUACAAAUCCUCUGACACUCGAUCUUAUCUACCCCCAGUCAUGCACCUCGGCUGGAUCCUCGACCGGGAUCGCGCUCUCAGCUUCGUCCAAAGUCACGGUAUCAAUCCCGUCGCCGACCUUGGCGAUGGCCCCGUUCCGAACUAUUAUCUCGCUUGCGAGGAGGCUCUGGACAUCUUGCUUGACGAGGAGAGGUUAGUACCGCACGACGCGCGAAUCAAAGUCACCUUCUUCAAUGACGGGCAGUAUGUCCCGAAUCCCGUCGAGCUGGGGAAAUGUAAUUUCCACCUUGCUCUGAGUGUGGGGACGAAUUAUUCCGGGGCCAUUCCGAUGGAGCAUAUAGAGAAGCUUGGGAAGGUUGUCGCGUCGGGUAGCAGCCCCAAGUGGUUCUUGGACAUGGACGAGUGGUUUUGGACGAAAAAAAAGUCGAGUAAACCGUCUAGUAGUAAUCUGCGAAAACGCGCACGGGCUGGGUCGGACACGGCGUCGGACACCACGGUUCACGCCACAGCAGACAGCAGAAAGAGGGACAAGAGCCGAAAUAAGAAGCCCCGCGUUCUCCCUGCUACUGAUGUGGAGAGUAUGGUCAUCGAUCCCAUUUCGUGAUACCUAUAGCUCCUUUUAUCUCUCGUUCAUCGUCGCAUCUCGUCAUCGCACUGCUCUCCAUGCCUUUUUUCCCCUACGAUAUACUCAUUCCCCGACGUUGAUUUCUGUGUACUAAGUUGUAUCAUAAUCCCGCUGUCGGCCAGCAUCUCACAUCUGAUAAUGAAUCCAGC